AUGGUCCUCCGAAUCCCUCUGCGCAGAAGCGCCAGCUUCACCCCGGACCACCAGCCUGCGGCGGAGGUGCCCACCCCCGCCCCAUUGAAAAUGGAAGUCAAUGUGGUGGUCCUGGGGGGAGACAGCGUGGGGAAGUCAGCUUUGACAGUUCGCUUUCUCACCAGGCGAUUCAUCGGUGAAUACGGAGACAUGGAGUCUGUCUACACCCACACGCUGGCCGUGGAAGGCAAGGAGAUCCUUUUCCACAUCUGGGACUUCCCUUGCUCACAGGUCCGAGCAGACGACAACUCUUCCAAGGAGAAGCGGAUCCAGUGGGCCGACGGCUUCAUCUUGGUCUACAGCAUCUGCGACCGAGCCAGCUUCGCCAGCCUCCAGCCCAAAGUCCAGGGCAUCAAGGCCGCCAAGGAAGGCGCCGGCCAAGACAAGGUGCCCAUCGCCAUCGUGGGCAACAAGAGGGACCUGCACCACCGGCGAGCCGUCUCGAGCGAGGAGGGGCGCCUCCUGGCACUCUCCUUGGACUGCGAGUUCUACGAGGUGUCGGCGGCCGAAGCCUACCACGGAGCGCUCAUGGUUUUCCACGGCCUGGCGGAGCGCGUCUGCGAGGCCAAGCUGGCGCUGAAAAAGGGCGCGGGCCUCCGCGGCAUCGUCAAGAGCGUGUCUUCCGUGUUUGCUCGGAAGAGGACGGACUCGAUGUGA